UUCCUUUCUCGAAGCCCAUGCUUGCGUUUCUUCCAACCCAACUCCAUUCUUGCCUCUUUCUUAUCUGCCCCUUUUCCCUUCUCUGCAAGUAGUGAUAGCCCCACAGGCAAGUGAUGGCCCGAGCCGUAACGUCGGCGUGGCCGGACAUGCUUGCCGGCGUUAUCUUGGAGUCCAGGCGCGUCGUCGCCGCCCACACCCGCCACUUCCUCGCCCUCUCCGUCCUCUUCCUCCUCCCUCUCUCGUCUCUGCUCGUCGCCGCCCCGUCCAUUCUCUUCCCCUCCGCCGCCGCCGCCGCCAUCUCCUUCUCCUCCUCCCCCUCCCCUGCCCUCCUCCGCUUCCACCACCACCACCGCCGCCCCUCAGCCCCCGGCGUCGUCGCCCUUUACUCCUCCGCGGCCCUCCUUCUCCUACUUUCCGCCUCCGCCGCCGUCUCCAGCAGCGUCCACCGCGGCUUCUAUGGCCGCCCUGUCAAGCUCCUGCCGGCCCUCCGAUCCCUCCCUGCCCCCCUCGCUCGCCUCCUCCUCACCCUCGCCGCGGCUCUGCUCCCCCUCACCGCCCUCGCCCUCCUCCUCGCCUCCCUUCUCAUCCUUUCCCUCAAAGCCCUCGCCGUUCUCCGCCUACCCCCUUCCUUUUCCUCCUUCGCCUACUUGCUCUUCGUCGCCGUCGCCAUCCUUAGCCUCAUUAUUCUCCAACUCAAUUGGUCGCUUGCCGGUGUCAUCGCAACUUUGGAGUCGUGUUGGGGUUUUGCGCCGCUCCGGCGGAGUGUUGAUCUGAUAAAAGGGAUGAGAUUGGCUUCUCUCUGCCUCCAUCUCUUCUUUGCGACAGCAAUUGGACUCACGCUGUCGGGCUUCAGCUUGGUUAAGUCGGGAAGGCCCGAGGGGGGAUGGCGUGAGGUGGUGCCGGUGGUCGCCAGGACUGUGUUUGGGUCGGGAAUCACGGCAGUGUUGUUGCUGUGUUGGAUGGUGACAGGUGCAGUGUUGUACAUGUACUGUAAGGCACUACAUGGAGAGCUCGCAGGAGAGAUCGCAGAGGAGUUCUCGUCAGAGUAUGUAUUCCUUCCUUUUGACGAGCACAAUGUCCCGCAUGUUGUUUCAGUGAUUCACCAGUGAACGGGAGAGCUUUUGAACUACACGCUUUGGGAAAUUGAGCUGGUUUCCUUUGGUUUUCUAGCUUCAAGGCAGCAUCAUGGUGGCUGUAAGUAUGUUAUUGUGUUAAAGAUCAUCACAUGCCCAAACUUAGAACUUCAAUGCAUACACUGGUAAAUCUUGUAAGUCCAACAUUGUGAAACAAAGGAUUAUCUACUUCUGAAUCUUGUAAACAUUUUAACAUCUCAAACUUGUUCUUUGGAAAUGCAUUGGUCAGAUAUGAAUCGCCUGCA